AUGAGGGUUCAAUCUCUUUUGCGGGCACAAUCGCUUGCCACAAGCAGUCUUCGCUGUUCUGCACGAUCAGUUGCGAGAGCACCUUCACGAUGCGCUCUGUCGACAAUUGCGGCGUCGCGCACACCGUACACUAAUGGCUCCAAGACCGACACAUGGAUAGAAGGCCAGAAAAUACAAAAUCAACGGAGGUGGCAGACUACAGCCGCCAAAGUAUUGGAGCAAGCGAAAGAUGACCCCUCUACUCUGACACAAGAGAAAAUCGUCGAGAACCUAGACCCGGUCGAGUGGGAGCGAUUGUCGAGGGUACGGAAUAUUGGUAUCGCAGCGCACAUUGACUCUGGCAAAACCACCGCCACCGAGCGCGUACUCUUCUACACUGGCCGAAUCAACGCUAUACACGAGGUGCGGGGUAAAGAUGCCGUGGGUGCAAAGAUGGACUCUAUGGAUCUUGAGCGUGAGAAGGGUAUCACUAUUCAGUCCGCGGCGACUUUCUGCGACUGGGUCAAGAAGAACGACGAGGGAAAAGAGGAGAAGUACCACAUCAACUUGAUCGACACACCAGGGCAUAUCGACUUUACAAUUGAGGUGGAGAGAGCGCUGCGAGUCCUUGAUGGAGCCGUCAUGAUUCUCUGCGCUGUCAGUGGCGUGCAAAGUCAGACCAUUACUGUUGACAGGCAAAUGAGGCGGUACAAUAUUCCUAGGAUAUCUUUCGUAAACAAGAUGGACCGAAUGGGUGCCAACCCCUGGAAGGCAGUCGAGCAGAUCAACCAGAAGCUCCGGAUACCAGCUGCGGCUCUUCAGGUGCCAAUCGGACGCGAGGAUGGCUUCUUGGGUGUGGUUGACCUCGUUAGGAUGAAGGCGAUAUACAACGAAGGACCCAAGGGUGAAAUCAUCAGAGAAACUGACGAAAUACCUGCGGAUAUUGUUGAGCUAUGCAAGGAGAAGAGGCAGGAGCUCAUCGAGAAGCUGGCAGAUGUUGACGAUGAGAUUGCGGAAAUCUUCUUGGACGAGAAGGAACCCACAAUAGCCCAGAUCAAGGCUGCUAUCCGCCGAGCGACUAUCUCCCUCAAGUUCACACCCGUCAUGAUGGGCUCUGCGCUUGCAGACAAGUCCGUACAGCCGAUGCUCGACGCCGUUUGUGAUUAUCUGCCAAAUCCGUCCGAAGUCGAGAACAUGGCCCUGGACAAGAAGCGUGCGGAAGCUCCAGUCAAGCUCGUCUCAUACAACUCUCUUCCAUUUGUCGGUUUAGCCUUUAAACUGGAAGAGAGCAGUUUCGGACAGUUGACGUAUAUCCGUGUAUACCAGGGUACACUGAGAAAGGGAAUGAACGUAUUCAACGCCAGGUCAGACAAGAAGAUUAGGAUCCCCAAGAUUGUGCGCAUGCACUCGAAUGACAUGGAGGAAAUUCCUGAGAUUGGCGCUGGAGAAAUCUGCGCUGUGUUUGGUGUCGACUGCGCGUCUGGUGAUACCUUUACUGACGGUAACCUCGCAUACACCAUGACUUCCAUGUUCGUCCCCGAACCCGUCAUCUCGCUUUCGAUCAAACCCAAGCACACCAAGGACACUCCCAACUUCAGCAAAGCCAUGAGCCGCUUCACGCGAGAAGAUCCCACCUUCCGCGUCCACACCGAUGCCGAAUCACAGGAAACCAUCAUCUCAGGUAUGGGUGAACUCCAUCUGGACAUUUACGUCGAGCGCAUGCGCCGUGAAUACCGCGUCGAAUGCGAGACUGGCCAGCCCCAAGUCGCCUACCGCGAGACCAUGACACAGCGCGUAAACUUCGACCACACGCUCAAGAAGCAGAGUGGAGGAUCUGGAGACUACGCGCGUGUGGUAGGCUGGAUGGAACCUGCCGAGUCCCUCGGCGAAAACAAGUUCGAGCAGCAAAUCUCCGGUGGCACCAUUUCGGAAAAGUUUCUGUUUGCUUGCGAAAAGGGCUUCAUGGCUUCCACAGCAAAGGGUCCCUUGCUCGGCCACCGCGUCCUCGGUACCUCCAUGGUCAUAAACGACGGUGCCACGCACGCCGUCGACUCCUCGGAAAUGGCCUUCAAAAACGCUACCCAACAAGCCUUCCGCAAAGCCUUCAAAGCCGGCGCCCCGCAAGUCCUCGAACCCCUCAUGAAGACUACAAUCACCGCGCCCAACGAGUUCCAAGGCUCCGUCGUUGGAUUGUUGAAUAAGCGAAACGCUGUUAUCAACGACACUGAGAUUGGACCAGAGGACUUUACGGUCUAUGCGGAUUGUAGUCUGAACAGCAUGUUUGGGUUUAGUAGUCAGUUGAGGGCUAGUACGCAGGGUAAGGGCGAGUUUAGCAUGGAGUUUAGCCAUUAUAGUCCUGCGCCACCGCAGUUGCAGAGGGAGUUGGUGGCCAAGUAUGAGAAGGAGCAGGCGGCUAAGAAUGCUUAGUGAGAGACUGGCUAUGAGGAUAUGUUAAGGCGGUGAGCUGGUUGCUUGCAUGUAUAGAUGGUUAGGUUUCGGGGCGUAUAUGUGUUGUAUGUGAGAGACAAUGUGGUGGGAUGUACGAAAUACUGUACUGUUACAUGUAGUAUACGGCUAUGACGAAAAGAAAAUGAUAUCCCCUCCAACAA